UGUCGUCAGAGGAGGGGGCGUACUGUAGUAGUUUCUGGCAGUGUGUGCGUCACUCCUCAGAGCGGAUAGUCUCGUCCCGCCCCGGGCAGCGGCUGCUGGUCUCCGGCCGGGAUAUUCCCGUCUACCCCGAGAGGCCGACAUGGACUUCGUGAACGUCCUGAAGGUGGCGGCUUCUAAGAAGAGUAAUGACGGCGUGGCGAAAAGAUACAGCUUGGCUGUCGGACCCCCCAAGAAAGAUCCCAAAGUUAAAGGGGUGCAGUCGGCUGCCGUCCAGGCUUUUCUCCGACGCAAGGAAGAGGAGAUACGUCAGAAAGAACUGGAAGAGAAGAAGAAAAAGGAGGCCCUGUUGGAGAAACGUAAAGAACUGAAACAUGACAAGAAAGCGAGGGCGAUGGCUUCCAGGACAAAGGACAACUUCAGGGGCUACAAUGGGAUCCCGGUGGAAGAAAAACCCAAGAAGCGAUCUAGUGUGGACCAAAAUAGCAACAUCGAGAACAACGAGUACCUGACAGAAGAAGAAAUGUACGAGUAUUCCCAGAGCGAGUCCGAGCAGGAGGAGGAACCGGAGCCGCCUCCACCACCAGCAAAAAAACUAAAGCUUUCCAAUGUGAAGAGGCCUCCACCACCACCAGCCAUGAACUUCGAAGAGCUGCUGCGGCUCGCUGCAAAAAAGCAACAUGAGCCAGUGGAAAUCGUAAAACCUGUGAAAAUGAACGACGAGCGACCAAGAACCGCGGAGGAACUCCGAGAAAUUGAGUUCUUGGAGCGGAAAAACCACAAACCUUCAAAAAGCAAUGGCCAAAUUGUAAAAGUUAGCAAAAGCUCCUCAGAUAAGCCAGAUAAACAUUCCUCCUCCAAGGGAAGUCAUUCCGAAAACCAGAAGCAGAAGAGCAGCAGCUCCUCAAAAAGUGGUCACCACGACAAAGCUCGGAGUGGAGAAAAUGAGACGGUAAAAAAAACUUCUGAGGUGAAGCACAAACCCGAGAAACACUCGUCGUCCUCUCAUAGUAAAAGCUCUAAGGUGCCUUCAAGUGGAAAUCCCAAACCUUCAUCCAGCAGAGAACCUGGUGCUAAACAGUCUUCAUCUUCCAGACCAGAUAUGAACGUGAGUGUGAACGGAAAACUUCAGGGUAGUUCCCGACCAAGCGGCACAAGCUCAAGUUCUAUGAAAUCUGGAAAACCAUUGGUAAACACUGGGGAAAGUUCCAUGCGGCCGUCUGGUGGAUCUACCUCUUCGAGGCCAUCUGGUGGAUCAAGUUCUUCACAACCGUUUGGUGGGUCAAGCUCUUCGCGGCCGUCUGGUGGAUCUAGUUCUUCACAGCCGUCUGGUGGAUCAACAUCUUCGCGGCCGUCUGGGGGAUCAACCUCAUCGAGGCCAUCUGGUGGAUCUAGCUCUUCGCGGCCAUCUGGUGGAUCAAGCUCUUCGCGGCCGUCUGGUGGAUCAAGCUCUUCGAGACCAUCUGGUGGAUCUACUUCUUCAAUGCCAUCUGGUGGAUCUAGCUCUUCACGGCCUUCUGGAUCCUCUAGUUCUGUACGCGCAUCAGGUGCAGCUGUUACACCUUCCCCCCGACCAACAAGUAGUUCCAUUUCCUCUAAACCUUCCAGUAGCUCCAGUUCUGUUCGCCCCUCUAGUUCAGCGCGGCCCACAAGUGGGUCUGGAUCGGUCAAACCUCAAAGCAGCUCUAGCUCAUCUCGUCCCAGCAGCAGCUCAGGUUCUGCACGUCCAUCCGGUAUGUCUGGAUCUAGUCGACCGUCUGCUGGAAAUCCCUUAACCAAUAGUAAACCUAAAAGCGCCCCAUCAGGCAAAGAAGGGUCUUCAGUGCGACCAAAUGGAGGACCCACUUUGAGUUCUUCUAAACUUGCAGCUAAUUCUGGCCCUGGAAGGCCAGGCAGUCAUCCAUCGAUGGCACCCGGGUCAAAGCCCAAAUGUACUGUGGUAGCUGAAACCAUUUCAUCCAAAAACUUUGUUCCUAAAUCUAGUAAUGGACCAGUAAAUGGGGUGAGACCUGGACAAGUAAAUGGUGUUCGACCUGGACCCACAAAUGCAAUGAGACCGGGACAACCUAAUGGAAUGAGACCGGGACCUGUAAAUGGAAUGAGACCGGGGCAAGCGAAUGGAAUGAGACCUGGACCACCACCAGGACACAGACCAAUGGCUCGCCCACCAGUUCCCAAUCUGCCGCCCAUAACCAGCUCCUACAAACGAAGAAUCGACGACGAGGAGGAUGAGUACGACUCCGAAAUGGAAGACUUCAUCGAUGACGGAGGGGAAUCUCAGGACGAGAUUUCACAGCACAUCCGAGAAAUAUUCGGCUACGACAGAACAAGGUACAAGGACGAGAGCGACUACGCCUUGCGAUACAUGGAGAGCUCCUUCCGAGAACAGCAAAAAGAGGAGGCGAGAAGCCUACGGUUAGGCAUACAGGAAGACCUGGAGGAGCUGAGGCGUGAAGAGGAGGAACUAAAGAGAAAAACUAAACCCACUAAAAAGCUAAAACAGCGAUAGCACCUGCCAAACCCAGCACAGACAUUUUCACAUCAUGG